AUGGCAACGAACAAUAUGCACAACCUCACCACCCUCAUCAAGCGGCUCGAGGCAGCCACGGCUAGACUCGAAGAUAUCGCCACCUCUACCAUCGAGCUUCCCCAAGCCGUUCCCGCCCUCAAUCAAUCGGUCACCUCGCCUCCUGCUGCUCCCAAUGCCUCAGCUCCUCCCCCGGCGCCUCAAGCCCCCGCCGCUCCUCAAGCUCCCCCCGAGCCAGUCCCAGAGUCCAUCGAGGAGUUCGACCAAUUCAUAUCCACAUCGGUCGAGAAAUAUGUGAAAACCAGCCAGCAGCUGGGAGGCCUCGUUGCCGAUCAGGCUGCCAAAGUUCUUCAGGGUUUCCAAGCCCAGCGCAACUUCCUCCUGAUCACCACGAAGGCUAAGAAGCCUGAUCUGAACGGUGCUGAAAUGGCUGUGUACCAGGACCUCCUUAAGCCCAUCAACGAAGCCCUCGUAGCUGUCAACAAUAUUAAAGAGUCCAAUCGAGGAUCGCCAGUCUUCACUCAACUAAGCGCCGUCGCCGAGGGCAUCAUGGUUCUCGCCUGGGUUACUGUUGACAACCGUCCUUAUAAGCAUGUUGAAGAUUCGUUGGGUUCUGCUCAAUUCUUUGGUAACAGGGUAUUGAAGGAACAAAAGGACAAGGAUGCGCAACAAACCGACUGGGUGCAGGCCUUCUAUCAAAUCUUCCGCGAUCUUGCCGAUUAUGUCAAACAGCACUUUGCUAGUGGCAUCCCCUGGAACCCAAAGGGUCAGCCGGCUCAGGAAGUCGCCAAAUCUUUGUCCGCAUCUGCUGCUUCCGCCACUGCUCCUCCACCACCGCCGACUGGCGGGCUCCCGCCUCCGCCUCCGCCUCCCGGUCCUCCCCCGGUACUGGAGAUCAAGGAAGAAACACCUGGCGGCAAGGGUGGAUUGGGCGCCGUGUUCUCCGAGCUCAACAAAGGCGAAGCUGUGACGAAGGGUCUUCGCAAGGUUGACAGGUCGGAAAUGACGCACAAGAACCCGUCCCUCCGCGCAAGCUCGAAGGUACCUGAUGGGGAGGGAUCAGUACGCGGGAAGAGCCCGGCUCCUGGCAAGAAGCCUAAGCCAGAGAGCAUGCGCGUCAAAAAACCGCCAAAGAAGGUGCUUGAAGGCAACAAGUGGACUAUCGAAAACUUCGAGAAGGAGCCUCAACCCAUUGAAAUCGAGGCGUCUAUAUCACACUCCAUUCUGAUCAGCAAGUGCAGCAACACUACCAUUAUUGUCAAGGGCAAGGCAAACGCUGUUACUAUUGAGAACUCGACUCGUCUGUCGUUGAUUGUGGAGUCACUUGUGUCUACUGUGGAUGUCAUCAAGUCUCAGAACUUUGCGUUGCAGGUCAUGGGGGCUGUGCCCGCUGUUCUAAUGGACUCGAUUGACGGCGCUCAAGUCUACUUUAGUAAAGACAGCACGGACACCAAGAUUUACUCGAGCAAAUCUUCAGGUAUUAACCUCAAUGUUAUCUCGGGAGAAGACGAGGACUAUGUGGAGGUGCCUCUUCCAUCGCAGAUUUGCUCUUACUUUGAUGAGAGCAAGGGCGAACUUGUCAAUGAGAUCGUAUCUCACUCAGGCUAA